GCAGCGCUACUAGUUCCAAAAAUCGUCGCUAAUUCCAUAAACAAUAAAAGCCGUUAUUAAUUCUAUAAAAAAUUCGUUUUGUUUUGAAUUUUGUUCCAUACGGACAAUUUUCGUCAAAUAAAUCGUGAUAGUCUUCAAGAUUCAAGAUGACGUCAAAAACUGAAUCUUCAUCCAAUGUUCAGAAGAUACCACUUGCCUUAGAAUUGCUAGUUGCCAAGAAACCAGCUGCAAAGGCAAUUCAUCCAAGUACUGCUGACAUGGUUACAACAGCAAUCAGAAUUCUUGAUGAGCGUGGAGGAUCAUCUCUUCAAGCUAUUAAGAAGUACAUUAAUGCUACAUACCUAGUUGAUACUGACAGAAUGGCACCUUUCAUCAAGAAGUUCAUCAAAUCAGCAGUCAUUACGGGAUCAUUGAUACAAACUAAAGGAAUUGGUGCUACUGGAUCAUUCAAGCUUGCACCCGAGAAAGCAUCCAAAACUAAGAAAAAACUCACGGCUGCCAAGAAACCAACGAAGAAGUCUGCUGGUGAAGCCAAGUCUGCAGGUGAGAAACGUGCCGGGGAAGCUGCUGAUGAAGCUCAGUCUCCAGCUAAAAAAAAUACUAAGAAACCAACAGCUAAAGAAAUUGCUAAUGAUGCUCAGUCUCCAGCUAAAAAAGCUACUAAGAAACAAGCUGCUAAGAAAACUGAUGAAGCCGAGGCUCCAGGUGAGAAACGUACCAAGAAAACAGCUGAUGAUGCGCAGUCUCCCCCUAAAGAAGUUGCCAAAAAACCAGCAGCUAAGAAAACUGCUAAUGAACCCAAGGCUCCAGUUGAAAAAGCUGCUAAGAAACCCAAGUCUGUUAAAAAGAUCUCUGAUGAAGCCAUGUCUCCAACGAAGAAAGCCGCUGCGUCUCCGAAGACUAAGAAAGCAAUGAAGAGUUCCACGGAUCAGCCAAAAUCUCCCAAAACUAAAAGAAAAGCUACGUCUAAAACAACCAAGGAUGCUAAGUAAUUUAAUUUUUUUAACAAUAUUUUUCAUGAUACUAAAACUAGCAGAUGUUAAACAAUUUUUGAGUUUUUUUUUAAUAAUUAAAUCAGUACUGAAAAAAUGUUGAAAA